AUGAGUUCUGAUCAAGAUGCCAAAGUUGAAGCUCCUGAUGUUCUACGAUCGCCGACGCCGUCAAUUCGCAACGAGUUCUUUGAAGCGGACGUGCCUGGAUUUGAGUUUGAGCUGGAAGAGAAUAAUGAUUCCACGUCAUCUGACGCGUCGGAUGGCAUUCCAGACUUUGAGAGUAGCCGCCACCCUCAUGUGAAGCUGUUUGUUGUGGUCUCGGCGAUUCUAGCGAAUAUGUGCAUUAUCUACAAAGCGUUUCUUGAUAUUCCACGAGAAUACAAGUCAGCUAUUUGCAUCUUUUUCGAUUUCGGCAAUUGUCUAGAUCUGGACCGGGAUGUUCCAGUUAUGGAGAUUAUCGAAUUUUUGGCCCGUACACAGCUGGAAGUCGUUUUCCCACUGACAACAAUAGUUGUGUUUUUCAUCACUCAACUUUCGAUUUCGCUGAUGCCGGGAUCGGCAUUUAAGAUUCGGAAUUCCGUUCCUGGGAUUACAAAAUAUGUCUAUUUGACUUUGUUCCUCCACUGCCUUACGAGUUUUCUGACAUCCAUCUCAAUGCUUCAUCAUCUGGGAAAUGCUCAACAAAGGGAAUUCUGGACCGAAUAUCUUACUGUAUCUGGAUUAUGUCUUUUUUGGCUAUUCCAACUUUUCAACAUGACUAUUUUCACUCGUCUCACAUCGAUGAAUUUUAUUCGUGCUAGAGAGAACUUCAAUAGAAGAAUUGGUGUUGAGGCUUAG